AAAAAAAAUAUAUAUUAUUUCAGUAGUAAAAAUAAUAAAAAGUUGUUUUCAAGAUAUUCUUAGCAUUUUAGAUUAUAUAUGAUACCUUCCUAUGUUUGACCAAAAGAAAAAAAAGAUACUUUCUAUAAAGAAAAGAUACUUUGAAUUUAUUAACACAUUUCUCUAUUGCUGCAAAUACAGUGUUCUGAAGUUUGUGUUAUUGUGUCCUUUCGCUCCUCUAUAUAAAAGUUUGUAGCGAGAAUGCCAGUCAAUCCUCUCAUCAUUCGUAAAACCUCUUCGUAUGUUCCUCUUCCGCUUAUUAUUCAUUUCGCCUCCAUUCGAUUAAAAGCUGAAUAAGGCUUUACAUCUUUAAGUGAAAUUUAGACAACUUUUAAGUACGUUAAUAUGCUUAUGGAUUCGUUGGUGUAAUAGUUGAAGAAUGUUUAUUGAAAUUCCUUUUUUGAAUUUUUUUUGUUUUUACAUAUUUUGAUGACGUAUGAACUGCAAUUGUUCCAGAAUGAUAGAUCAGACGCACAUGGAAUACUUCCGUGAGCAUAUGUCUGACGAGGAGAAGAUUGCUGCUCAGGAGAGCCUCAAAGCAACGUAUGGCCCGCCUAUAGAGUUCUACACCUUUUUCCGGCGUCGUGCUAUUAAGAAUCCCUUGUUUCUUCAGCGAAGUUUGAAAUAUAAGACUGAAGCCAAACGUCAAAGGAGAAUACAAAUGACUUUGUUCCUUCCGGGCAGUAAAGAUGCUGCUGGUGUAGAAACUCAAGAACUCUUUCCUCUUUUUAUUAUGCUGGCAAGACUCGUUUCUUCUAAGACUACCGCAAAGUCGUCUUCUGCAAUAUAUAAGUUCAGUCGAGCAUGUAUCCUAACUGGGGAUGAUGGAGUUAGUCAACCUCAAGCCAACUUUCUUCUCCCUCGAAUGGAUAGACUCGCGUUGGAUGCAAAAUCAGGAUCACUCGUUAUCUUAUUUAUCAGCUUUGCUGGUGCGCAAAAUUCUCAAUCUGGCAUUGAUUCAAGCAAGAUCCAUUCAGGAAACAUAGGUGGACAUUGCCUAUGGAGCAAAAUACCCUUGGAAUCUCUCUAUUCUUCGUGGAAGGAAUAUCCAAAUAUGGACUUGGGAGAGAAAGCAACUUCAGUCUCUCUUGUUGAAAUGCAGCCUUGCUUUUUACAGCUAAUGUCUAUGAGUGAGAAGUUUGUCGAGAUUCAGGUUCCCAGCAAUCCCCUCACCUCGAGCUCACCGCAGCAAGUCCAAGUCACCAUAUCUGCACAAGAGGUUGGAGCAACGGAAAAUCCUCCUUAUCGUUCUUCAUUUUCAUUUAGUGACUUCCCUGCCUCUUCAGUAGUGUUGCCAAUUCACAGGUUGAGAAAAGGACAAGUAGCUUUCAAUUACAGUUACUAUAACAACAAAUUACAGAAAACUGAAGUAACUGGAGACUUUACUUGUCCAUUGUGCAAAGUAAAAUGUGCCAGUUUUAAGGGCCUGGAAUGUCACAUUGCAACCCAUGAUUUCUUCAAUUUCGAAUUUUGGGUAAAUGAAAAAUAUCCGGCUGUAAAUGUGUCUCUCAAUGAGGUAACGUUAACCGAGACUAGUAAGUGUUUCAAAAAAGAAAAAAAGGGCGACCCUAACGCAAGGCUGGAACCAUACCCUUUCUCCUCAAUGAAAUCCAGCCGUAGGAAGCAGAAGACUCCGGUAAGGAACCCAAGGCCGAGGCCAAUUAAGACUGACGAUGCUGCUGACUCUGUUAAAUGUGAGAAGAGCCAAACAGUUCCUCCAGGAAUGGGUCCUGCAGACUUGCAAAUGAUGAACAUGUGGAACUCUUUUAUGAAGAAGCACCGAGUUAUCACAGGUGGUUGCAUCGCAUGUGGAUGUGAGGCGUUCUCAAAACUGCACGGACCCUUCUUGGUCCGAAAUCUGGACUUGCUCUGGUGCUGGAAAAAGUAUAUCUGGACACUGAAGAUUUAUGGGCGCCUUGACGCCCAAACCUUGAACAACUGUAUGGUGCUUUUCGAACAGCUUCCAGUUGAAGACACAGAAGCCUUUAUUUUAAGUUAAAAAACUCUAAAUAAUAGAAAAAGGAAAUGAGAGUAGGUUUUAACUACUUUUGGACCCCUUUUAUCCUUUUUUCGUUUUGGAUGUUAUUAUUUUACAUUAUUCCUUUCCCAUUUGAGUGUUAUUAAAUUACUUUUUUUUUUAAUUUUGGAGUUAUUAAUUUACUUUACA